AUGCUCGCCGUCCAAACUAACGCUCGCUCUUUCGGAUGGAGUGACGAUGAAGAAGAUGAAGAUGAUGAUGACGAAAAUGAAGAUGAGGAUGAUGAUGAUGUAGUGAACAUAAACGGGAUUGGGGCCAGGGGACCAGAAAGUCUCGGAGGAUCACACCAGGAUGACGAGAACGAAAAUGAGAAGACAAAUUUUUCAUCAAAUGCAUCUAAAUCCACAAACUUUGACGUACCUGCUGAUUUGAUGGAUAAAUAUGACUUCGCUGAACCCGCAUAUGGUGUUCGUCGAUUAUAUCAGAGUAUCUUUGAUCAGAUAUCUGGCCGUGGCAAAAAGAAUACAGUUCCGGAUAAGGAUGAGGCAGGUACAAAUUCUAACUUGGAUCAUCAGUCGACUCACGAGUUUAACCAUGACUCCUUCAAUUCCGGUGGCUCAAAGGAAAUAUUUCGGGAGCAAAAAAAUUAG